CUCGAAUAAAGCUCGGCGCGAUAGUCUGAUGGAAUUGACGCACGUUACGCGUCGAUUUGGGGUCCCAAAAGCAGCGCUCGACGCAACAUUUCAGCGUGCGUUCUCGGCUCGGCGUUUGCGAGCGUGUCGCGUGUUUGACCGCCAUCCUUCACCACAACACGGGAAUUGCAUCGACAACUGCAAGGAUGAAUCGCGUGGGUGUUACCAAGACCUUCAAGAAGGUGACGCACGCUAUCUUCGACAUGGACGGGUUACUUUUAGACACGGAAUCGAUGUACACGGAGGCAACGCAACAGAUCAUAGGGGAAUAUGGCAAGACAUUCACAUGGGAUGUUAAGGUCCAGUUAAUGGGUCUCCAGGGUUCGGAGUCCGCCAAACGGAUUGUCGAAAUCUACGACCUGCCCAUCACAUGGGAGGAGUAUGCAGAACGCGCGACCAAGCUCUACGAAGUGAUCAUGCCACGCGCGGCACUAAUGCCAGGUGUGGAGCGUUUGAUUAAGCAUCUGUAUAACAACAACGUCCCCUGCGCGGUGGCGACAUCCUCAAGUGGCCCCAGUUUUGCAGUCAAGUCCAAAUGCCAUCAGGAAUUCUUUGGCAUGUUCAAACAUAUUGUAACAGGUGGUUCUGAUCCAGAGGUCAAACAUGGUAAACCAGCCCCUGAUAUUUUCAAAUUGGCGGCUGAUCGCUUUGUGGAGCGACCCAAGUAUGAAGAGUGCCUUGUUUUUGAAGAUGCGCCCAAUGGUGCAGGGGCUUUAGCUGCUGGUAUGCAAGUUGUGAUGGUCCCUGAUGAACACACUGACCCUAAACUCUGCAAAGAUGCUACAAUUGUUCUAAAAUCUAUGACGGAAUUCCAGCCGGAAUUAUUUGGACUACCAGGAUUUCCAAAUAAAUGUACUUGUUAACAUAGGCUCAUCUUAAUUUCUACCAUGAACAUAGAGGCAUUGUGUGUAACUAGUAAAUUAUAUAUUUAGCAAUAAGUAAAUCAAAUUGUUGACUAUAUUUUCAUUUCAUGGAUGUGAUCAAUAGUAAAUUAACAUGCACCAGAAA